AUGGGACAGUUGGCCAUAGCAUUGGCUGGUAAAAUGCAAGGUAACUUGCCGAGUAACACAAAAAUCAAUCCCAAAGAGCAAGCCAAGGCCAUUACAACUCGAAGUGGAAUGCCUAGCUACGUGAAGUUUCUCAAAGAUAUUAUAUCAAACAAACGCAAGCUGGAGGAUCAUGAGACAGUAAUUCUUACGGAGGAAUGCAGUGCCAAAAUCCAGAAAAAGCUCCCACCAAAACUUAAAGAUCCAAGGAGUUUCAUUGUCCCUUGCAUAAUUGGUGAUUUUUGUUUUGAUAAAGCAUUGUGUAAUCUCGGUGUGAGUAUUAACUUGAUGCCACUCUCUAUUUUUAGGAAACUAGGAUUGGGAGAGCCUAAGGUAACCACAGUAACUCUACAGCUAGCUGAUCGAUCACUUACACAUCCACGAGGGAUUAUUGAAGAUGUAUUGUUCAAAGUGGAUAAACUCAUAUUCCUAGCAGACUUCUUGAUUUUGGAUAUGGAAGAAGACAAGGACGUGCCUAUCAUAUUGGGACAACCAUUUUUGGCUACUGCAAGAGCCCUCAUAGAUGUGCAGCAAGGACAAUUAACUCCGAGGCUGGGGGAGGAAUAA